AUGGUAAAUGCAUUGAAAAUUAAUGAUGAAGCACGUUAUGCUUGUUUUGCGCACAGAACAAGUACUGUUUUAGAAAUCGCAUGGGAAAACGUAAAAAAUCUAUACGAAGCUUAUGAUACCUUAUUUCAAUUUUUAAGAGAACGUGGAGAGCAACAUCGUCUUACACAUAUUGAUCAAAAAAUAACUGAUGAAAUAUCAGAAUUAAUGGGCGAAUUUAGUGCUAUUUUUGAUAAUUUGGAAUUUAGUAAGAAACCAACAUUACAAAACGUGAUUCCAAGUUAUUAUCUUAUGAAACAAUAUUGUAUUGUUGAUAAUAAACGUAAGAAUUCAAUUAUAAAUCAAUUAAAAUCAGAAAUAAAUAAACAAUUAGAUGAUAAAUACUGGACAUCAACAACGUCUUUACACUGGAUUGCAACGUAUUUAGAUCCAUCGUUCAAAGAAUUAUCUUUUGUAAAUGAUCGUAAAUUUUUAGAUGAUCAAAAAGAAUGUAUUAUAGAUGGUCUACUAGUCUUAACAGAGGAUUUUAAAGAUUUUCUUACACCAACCACAACAACUGACAGUUCUCCUUCGUCGUCUCUCUCUUCAACUGCCACAACAGUAGCAACAACAACAUUCACACCUCCAUUGAAGAAAAUAAAGAAAGAUGAUUCAUUUACCAGUAUGCGAACGAAUCGAUCUGGUGGUUCUUCCACACAACCACAAGUUUCAUUUCAAGACGAAAUAAAAAAACAAAUACAACUCUAUGAAAAUUCAGCAACUUACAGCUCAUCACAAGACAAUAACCCUUUAGUUUUCUGGAGAGAACAACAACAAAUUCUUACUAUCUUAGCUAAAAUUGCAAAAUCUAUUUAUGUUAUUCAAGCAUCGUCAGCUGAAUCUGAAAGACAUUUUUCAACAAGUGGACAAAUUGUACUGAACAACGAUCACAAUUAG